AUGAAUGGAAGCGAUUUCGACGACAUUUCGAGCAGCACCAAAACGGCCUCAUUCGGCGUCUCUGAUAUUGAAGACGCUCAAAGAAGAGCCAAGGCAGUUCAGACAGUCAUGGAUUGUUUCAAUGGCUGGCUCGACUCGUCAAGAUGCCAUACCGAUACAGUGGAAGGAGAGUGCCACAGCAAGACAAAUAUCAAGAGUCCAUGCCAUGCGUCGUGGGUGGACGCUCCAGAUGGAUCAUGCAACAAGCGAAAGCACGACUCUGAACGGGACAGUUUGAGUCAAAGCGAUCAGCAGAAAGCUCCCAAGACCAAGCAUGUCAAAUCUUCUGCUAAUCUAAAGUUUGCAUGCCCCUUCUUCAAGAAAGACCCAUCCAGAUUCACCCGCCGUCAGGCUUGCAGCGGUCCCGGAUUCUCGAGUAUUUCCAGAGUCAAAGAAAUGCUCGAGGAGCAUCAGAGAGCAGAAGUUCCCUGCAAGAUCUGCACAAACAACUUCUCUGAUGGCAUCAACGAAGCGCAAUACAUUCGACUGCGCAGAAAGCCCAGUGGACAAAAGACAGACAUUGAGCGGUGGGAAGAAAUCUACCGAAUCGUGUUUCCCAAAGCUUCCACCAUACCAUCUUGUUACUACGAAUUGAAGGAUACCACCACCUCUUCUUCAAAAGACUAUUCACUGGGCCUCAAGCAGAUGGAGAAUGCACUGGUGGCUGGCGUGCAAAGGGACUUGGAAGAUCGGUUCGAGCAAGUCGAAACCGACCUCAAAGCCAGCUUUCUUCUCAUGGUUAAAGAACGAGUUGAACUUACAAUUCAAGAGUUUCUCGACAAGAACGGAAGCUCACCUCCAACCGAGUUGCCAGCACUCACCACGCAAGCCGAAUCGCCAGUCGAUCUCGAUUUGGAGCCACCGGCACUCGAGUUUGAUACCGAGCUAGCCUUUGACUUUCAAAACUUUGGCCCGGGAAUCGAGGACAGUCAAUUCACCAUGGAUCAGUCCUUGAUGACUCUUUACCAUGGAAGCCCCGGCAGAGGCUUAGGUCUGCAGAUUUGA